GUGUUUUGUGAUACUAUCGAUGGUAAAAAAAAUGGCUCAGGGAAGAAGCAGUGCUGCAACAAUGCUAUUGUUAUGUAUGUUAGUGCUUUACUCUGAGAUGGUUCAUGCAGCCACCUAUGUGGUUGGUGAUGCAACUGGUUGGGCGUAUAAUGUCAAUAACUGGCCUAAUGGAAAGAGUUUUAAGGCUGGUGAUAUACUCGAAUUCAAAUAUAGUCCUUUCGCUCACAACGUGAUACAAGUGGACGAGUUUGGAUACAAUACAUGCAUUCCUACAUUCAACUCAAGAUUGUUCUUUUCAGGAGAUGAUCACAUCCAGCUUGCCAAGGGUCUAAACUACUUCAUCUGCGGUUUUCCUGGUCACUGCCAGCUGCAUGGGAUGAGAAUAGCAGUCAAUGCUACUGCAUGAUAUGUAUAGUCAGUCUUGUAGUUCGUUAAUAACAUACCUAUGUGUUUUGCUAAGCAUUUGCACACCUUUCUUUUGCAUAUUAUAUCUACCUUUUUGUUUGCCAUAUUAUACUCAAGAAUGUAGAAAUGGGUGUGAACACAGGUGUGUCAAUUAAUGUAUGUUUAUUAAUAAAUGAGAAGUAUUCAUAUA